CACAUCUUCUCGCAAUCAGUUGCCGCAGUCGAGCCGCAGCAUCCCGGCAUCUCGUCUCGACGAUAUACAGCUUUAGCUCUCAAGAGUCCGUCCCAAGGAAAAAAUGAGCCUAAUAACAGCAUCAAUCGCUCUUCUUUUGGUCUCGUCCGCCGCCAGCGCUCAAUACCGACCUUCGGAGGCGCCGCGGCCCAUCUACGUGUCGCCGGCGACGUCCUCCGAGCACCCUGGCGCCCUGUACCUGGCGUCCCUGGUGAACCAGCUGAGCACCGAGCGCUACCGCAUUCAGGGUCCGACGCCUGUGCCUGAAACCUACCCUUCCAGCACCUACUACGAAAACCCCGGACAGUCGCUGAUGAGCCACUUGCAGACCUGGUACAACGAGGCCGCUGAGAGCUACCUGCAGCGUCCUCCGGAGGCCCCGUCCUCCAAGUAUCCUACUCCUUCCGAAGGUGAUUCCGGCCAGGGCGUCUACUACUGGCACGUGCCCGGCCAGGGCGACGACGAGUCCAGCACGGAUAUGAGCCAAAACGACAUUGACGACAUGGAGAACGUCAAGGGCAACGACGUCGCCGUCACCGCCAACCCGCUUUUCGCGGCCAUGGCCGGUUUCAUCGGGCUGUCCACCCUGUUCGCCGCCUCCGUCAUCCUCUUCCCGAAAUUCGGCGGCGGCAGGAGUUUGCAGGACCGGGAUCACGAGGACAGGGACUGGGGCAAGCAAAUUGUGCGCUCCUUGCAGAAAAUGCAUCAGCAGCAACAACAGCAGCAGCAGAAGAAAGAAAACGUCAAGUCGUAAGGAUACAAGCCGUCUUGUUUGACUGACUAGUGUUUAUUUUUGUGUCGUAAACAUUUUAGAGCUGCCAAACAGUGCUAGUAGCCGUUAAAAUCGUUGUAUUUAAAAGAAAGUGUGGACACAAUCGGUGACAAUUUUUUACGGGGGAGGUGGUGGUGGUGGUGCUUGACUCCAACACACACUGGACACAAAUUUCUAAGCAUCAAGUGUACAACAACUGUAUUAUUUAUUUUUAUAUGCGCUAAUUGUAAUAUAUGCUCUGUACGAUGGAAUAAAAUCAUUUAUUUAUUUAUUUAUA